UGCGCGCGCAGGCGGCACGUGGCGGCGCAGCAUGGCGGCGCGGCGCGCGGUGCCCAGCGACCUGUUCCCGCUGGUGCUCGGCUUCCUGCGUGAGCACCGCUUCGAGGCGGCCGCGCGCGCCUUCGCCAGGGAGGCGGCGGCGAAGGAGCAGGACCCCAACCACGCCUCGCUGCUGGACAUCUUCAGCUACUGGCUGCAGUCCCCCGCGGCCAAGAAAAGGAAGCUCGUCCCCAACGGAGCGCAGGCGAAGGGGAAGCCUUCUUCCAGCAGCGAGGAGAGCUCCAGCGAGGAGGACGAGGCGCCCCCGGCCAAGAAGCCAGCUAAUGCAGCAGCUGUAACCAAGGCAAAAGCAGUUCCUCCAGCCAAGAAGGCAGAAAGCAGCAGCGAGGACUCCAGUGAUGAUUCAGACUCGGAGGAGGAGGAGAAGCCAGCAAAGAAAGGUGCAAAACCUGCAGCAAAACCUGCAGCAAAACCAGCUGUAACCAAAACCCAGCCUCAGAAGAAAGCAGAGAGCUCCAGCUCUGACUCAAGCAGCUCAGAAGAAGAAGAAGCACCAAAAAAAGAGCCACCAAAAAAAGAGCCAGCAAAACCAGCAACGCCUAAAGCAGGAAGUAAAGCUGCUCAGGCAACCACCAAGGUGGUCAAUGGAAAAGCACCAAGCAGCAGCAGUAGCAGCAGCAGUGAAGAUUCUGAUGAGGAAAAAGCUGCACCGAAGAAGGCUGUUCCCAAGAAACCUCCACCCAAACCUGUAGCCACGCAGGCAAGUCCAGGAAAAACCAAACCUGCCCCUGCCAAGGAAAGUUCCAGUAGCGAAGACUCUUCUGACAGCUCAGAUGAUGAAAAGCCACCUGCAAAAAAAAAGGCAAAGUCUGGUCAGUACAGUGCUGUACCACCUCCUCAAGCUGCGCAGACAAAGAAAGGCCUUGCCAAGGCCCCGGUGAAGAAGGCUGACAGCAGUGACUCCUCAGACAGUAGCGAUGAGGCAGAGCAGGUGCCCCCAAAGGGAGGAACAGGCAAAGCAGCCAUAGCUAAAACAACCCCUGGCCCCCAGAAAAAAGCUGUGACUACCAAGAAGGCUGAAUCCAGUUCAGACAGUGAUUCAGAUUCUAGCUCUGAAGAUGAGAAGAAGGUAGUGAGUAAGCCCCCAGCUAAACAACCUCUGGUAAAGAAUGCUUCUAAACCAGCAAAAGCAGCUGUCAAGACUGGACAAGCAAAGAAGGACUCGAGCUCCUCCUCAGAGAGCUCAGAUUCUGAUAGCUCUCACAAGAAGACCCCUGUGAAGCCUGCAACUAAAGCAGCAACCCCUGCGGCAAAGAAGCCACAACCUACUGCAAAGAAAGCGCAGAGUAGCUCUGAUUCAGAUAGCAGCUCCAGCAGCUCUGAGGAUGAGAAAAAGAAGAAAGCCCCUCCAGCUAAAUCAGCUGUCAAAGCGAGUAAGCCAGUGUCCAAACCUACCCCAGCGCCCAAAGCAAGCAGUUCUGACUCUGAGAGCUCGAGCAGUGAGGAGGAAAAGAAGCCAGCAGUGAAACCAGCCAGCAAAUCUCCAGGGGCAGCUAAAGCAACUGUGGGGAAGAAGACAGCUGCUUCUAGCAGUAGUAGCAGCUCAUCUGAUAGUUCCAGUGAAGAGGAUGAGAAACCCAAAAAGGCAGGGAAGGGGGCACAGAACAGUUCUCAGACCACUGCCUCCACAGAAAAAGCGAAAGGAUCCACACCAACAGCAAACAACGUGAAGUCUAAGCCAACAGAUGACAGCAGUAGCAGCAGUGAAAGCAGCUCUGAAGAGGAGGAAGGAAAAGCAAAUGGAGGCAUGAUCAGGAAGAAACAGAAGAGGGAAGAUGUUCAGGAGUCAGAGACACCAGACAGUAAAAAGGCAAAGAUCAAAACCAAAACACCACACACAGUUCCUAAGGUGAAACGGCCAGCUUCUCCUUUUCGACGUGUAAGAGAAGAAGAAAUUGAGGUGGAUGCCCGUGUUGCUGAUAACUCGUUUGAUGCAAAGAAAGGAGCAGCUGGUGACUGGGGAGAAAAGGCUAACAAUAUCCUGAAAUUCACAAAGGGCAAAUCGUUUCGUCAUGAGAAGACUAAGAAAAAAAGAGGCAGCUACUGUGGAGGCACUAUAUCAACCCAAGUCAAUUCAGUCAAGUUUGAAAGUGACUGAGAAUGUUUGGUUAUCUGUAAACCGUCGGCUCACCAGAAUCACUUGGAUGGGCAUGUGGAUGUUAUGGACAUCAACGAGCCGUCCUGGAAUGCCACCUUCCACAGCCCCUUGCGGAGCAGGAAGUUCCAGUAUGGGGAUAUGGGAGAGUGGUUGGACGUUUCCCCCCUUUAUUUCUAAUUCUGGUUUAGGCCCCUAAUAUGGAACCAUCGUUGAGCUGGUGUUAUUGGAUGCCACUAGGGUGACCUCCAAGUUUUAAUUUUUUAUAGUCUUAUUUUAGAAGGCUGACAGUGAUUUUUUUUUUUCCUUCCAAUUUUCUGUCCAUCUAGUAAAGAAUUUAUUUCCGUGUAAGUCAACCUGUUUCUUUUUCAGGUAGUUUUAAUCAGAUAUGUGAAAUUGCAAGCACUGGAAAACUUAUUUCAGUAAGAAUAACUCAUUUGAACACUCUUGACUGUAAUCCCCAUCUGACAUUUCAAAUUUAUAGCUGCAGUGUGGCAGGAUUUUGCUUUUGUUACCUUCUCCUGCAGUUUCACAUUGCAACAAAUUCUUACCUUCCUCUUCCCUCCAUUCCUGUUGAGGCUACUAACUAGAGCAGUUAGAGGAGCAGAAUGUAGACACCUGAGUAGCUGAGGAAUCACAUGGUGUGGAGUGACAAGUUGGGUGCUAUUGUCAAAAAGGCCAAGGUCUUUAGUACUGCUUUUGGUACUGCUUAUGCUGGGAACAUAGCUGGAGAUUGAAGAUAGCCAAAGGUAGGUUAACAUAUUUGAAGAAGUCUUUAGUUUAGUGUGAGUGCUUAAGGAGACAGAAUAAACAAGGUCCUUUUUUUAAAAAAAAAAAAAAAACAGCUCUGCUUAUUGCUGUUUCUUUUCUCUUGGAAGCUUUGACUGCGGUGUGGUACUGCUUGUGUUCUCUCUGAGCAUAUAAUGUGCCAGCUUAUGGUUACUCAGCAGUGUGCCAUGCAGCUUGUUAGUUGAUGACAUGAAUGUAACAUUGAUGCCUUAAAUUUCUUUACUGGGUUGGAUCACUUGCUCUCUGAGCUGUUUUCUACCUGUAAAGUCCCUUUGAGGAAUUAAAAUGUCAGUUUCCUGUAGCACUGUGGAAAAAAAGUUUAUUGUUGCAAGUCUUGAAGUGUAAGCUUCAAGCACUAAUUCUGUAUGGCAAAUGAGAUCUCAAGUUCAGUAACUUGCAGCCUAAACUGAGAUUUCGUGAGCAGCUGUGAUAAUUUAAAGGCUUGCUGCUGUUGAGAGGAGGUCUAGCUUUCCCUCCAGUUGUGUGACUGUUCUUACUAUUUCUAGUAAACUCACAGCUGGUUAAAAAGUAUAUAUAUCCCCUAACUAUGUUAUUUUCAUAAGGUGAGUUAAGUUAAUUUUAGCUUAAGGAGCAGUAUGCUGAGUGCAGAGCCAGGAUGAAUUGAACAGUGGUAAAGCAUGUUUGGGAAAAGGGGUAGUGGGAUGUGAGAUCUCACCCUAUCUUGUGAAAUUGCCAGCCACUAUGAGGUUAUGUUGGGCCUUAUUUCCAUGUUUCCAUUCACUCCGAGAAGGGUGCCAAUAAGGAGAGCCCUGUUGUUAGAGGAAGACACAUCUGUGUGCAAAGCAAUGGCUCAUAAUUGAGGGUUGGCUAAGAGUGAUGAGACAACCCCAUAUGCAAACACCACAACUUGUUUCGAUGAGCAUUUUUUAGGACUUCCCCUCAAGCUUGCACAAUCAGUCUGGUUGUUGGAUUCUAGGCAACAAUGCAGAGGGACCCAGGAGACCCUGGUUAUUACAGGGAGCUCAAAGUUAGAGGCCAAAGGAAGGUGGGAAGAGUACUUUUCUGCCUGUGCUGGGGUUUUGAACAAAAUACAGCUUGUAAUUUGUCAUUUGUCCUCUUUUCUUCUUCAAUCUUUAACUUUGUAACUGUCAAUGGAAACUUUUAAACAAAACAUGUUUUGGGGGUAUUUUAUGUGUGAGCACAGAAGUGUCUCAGAAAAUAAAGAUUGCUGCCUUUGUAA